GAUCAUUCCCAAAACUUUUGUCAACAUCAUGAGGUCUCUUUUCAUCGUUCUUCUGGUUGCUUUAAGCUGCCUGGCUCUGGCGAAGGGACAAUGCCCCAGGCCCUGUCGCAACAUCAAUCGUCCUGUUUGUGCCUCUUGGAAACGUCGUGGCAUAAUCGACACCUGCACUUUCCGCAACGACUGCAUCCUACAGAAUCAGAUAUGCCAGCGUCGUCAGGAUUGGAUUAAAAGGCUGCCAGAGGCAGCUUGUAUUGUAGAAACAAGAAACUGUAGAUCUCUCCUGCAGUAAAAAUAUUUUCAUUUGUGUUGUCCAAAACCUCAAUAAAUAAACUGGCAUAUUUUCGCCAUUAAUCACAUUAA